AUGCUGGCGCCGCCGGCGCCCUGGGUUCCAUUGCUGGUUCUCGGCGUCGCGACACAGCGGGUCGUCCCUGACUGGCGCCAAGUGGAAGGCGAUGUAAAUUGGUUUGUCGGCUGUGGUCUGGGCAACUUUGACAUACGCGGGGCGAUUGCUGCGGGCCUUGAGCAGAACAAGGUGCGCAAGCAUGUGGCCUUCUGCUUGUCCCACUGCGGACCGCCUUCCUGCACUCUCAAAGCAGCGGAGACCAACUGCGACUGCCUGAAGUGUACAAUGUUUUGUCUUUCCAGAGGCUCCUACGUGGACUCCUGUCUAAAUAACCACACGUACGACAUGUGUACGGGCUUCAUGAACGACAUCUACGAUCAAACAAAUCGUUCCUGCGACGUGAACUGCAACAGCACAGUUGCAGGGCUCCUCCGACCAGUGCUAUUGAGAGCCAAGUUGCUUCGUUUUGUUCGCUUUGUUGGCUCUGAGCUGGGAACUGCGCAGGAGGAAGUGGUAUCGGCGCUGAAACACAGCCUUCAAACAGGUGAGCUGCCGAACCUCAUGUUCUAUGGGCCUCCAGGCACUGGAAAGACCACCGUGGCCCUGGCCCUCAUGAAGCAGUUCUUCGGACAAGACUGGCGGGCUCGUGUAAAGGAGCUCAAUGCCUCCGACGAGCGAGGAAUCACAGCGGUCCGGGAAAAGGUGAAGACCUUUGCGCAGCUGGCCCUCGGUGGAGAGAGCCACUCGGACACUAAGGCAAGGUUUCGGGUUAUCAUCCUGGACGAAGCUGACUCCAUGACGCACGACGCCCAGGCAGCCUUGCGAAGGAUCAUGGAGGAGUUUGUGCAUGUCACGCGCUUCAUCAUCAUUUGCAAUUACGUGUCCAAGAUCAUCGAGCCACUUCACUCUCGAUGUUCCAAGUUCCGGUUCCAGCUUGUAGGUGCGGAGUUUCAGAAAGCCCGGCUGCUCCACAUCUGCGCGCAGGAGAAGGUCGCUGUGAGCUCUGGCGCCCUGGAGCAGCUGAUCUCCCUUUCCAAGGGGGAUAUGCGCUGCGCUGUGACAAUGCUCCAGACGGCUGUCCAAGUGUAUGACAAGGUUGACGAGGCCUCCCUGGUCGAGGUUUUCUGCGCGGUGCCCGAGUGGAAGACGAAAGAGCUCCUCGCCUUCGCUUCUCGAAAAACAGCAGAGACCGACCAGGUCCUUCAAGCCGUGCGGAACUUCCUUUUGGAUGGCUUCUCUGGGCUGCAGGUCAUGGAGCAGUUGCUGGAGCUUGUUGCAGAGGAUACGUCGCUGCCGGACGGCAUCAAGGCAAAAUGUGCCAUGCUCUUCUCGCAGGCUGACGAGCGGCUGUGCCAAGGAUGCGAUGAGGAGCUUCAGCUCUUUGACCUUUUUGCCAAUCUCCGGCCUCUCAUCCAGGCCAGAUGA